AUGGCUCCUCUUCCCGUCAUCAAGGCUGUCGACGAGAAAGUCGCUCUCGAUAUUAUCGAGCAGCGUAGUCUUGUCCGACUCCAAACCCCUGGCGACAACCUUCACUGUGGCCUCUUCGCCAUGGCGUCAAGUAUCAGAUCCCCGAACAACAUACAGCCCCUCGACUGGGACUCGGAGCUCUCAGAGGAACAUCUGCACUUCAACCGACUCCAAGACUGCGUCAAACCCGCCGGUGACAAGCUGAAGUCGAUGAACCCUGAGCUCGGCAAGGAGACACCCAAUACCGUCGACUUCUUCAACGUCGAUAUGCUCGCUUACAUCCUCGCCCAUUACAACUCCUUGAGCACGACUAGCCCGAAGAUCAAGUUGUACGCCAUCGGCGCUGACAUCACCUACGAGAUCUCGUCGCCCGUCAACAAUCCUCCCCACAAGAAGAAGGACGUCGAAAUGUUGAGUAUCGUCAUCCACAAUAUCGCCGACCUUCAUUGGGAAGGCUAUGGCCAUCAAGGCCUUGGCAAGGUUUCCAAGUACGCCGACAACCCCCCUGGUACAGCUGAUGGCCCCCCCUCCCCUCAUGGCAGUAUAGCCGCCGCCGUCACCACCGCUACUACCACACCCGCCGCUACCUGGGAUGAGAAGUACAAGGCUGCUGAGCUCAAGUAUCGUGAGAAGUUCAAGCUUUCUCUCGACGCAAAGGUCGACCCUGAGUCAGUCAAGAUGGCGUUCACCAUCGACUCCACCCCUCUAGUCGAUUACCACUCCGAGUCUGAUGACGAGGACGAGCCCAAGCCCGAGCUGAAGAAGGAUGAGAGCAACGGCACUGUCCCUACUGGAGAUACGCCUGCCGUCGAAGACGUUGUGAAGAUGUACCCUGUGGCUGGUGUCGAUCCCAUUGGAGAGUUAACAACCAUCGCUCGUAUCCAACACCCUGCGGAGAAGUCGAUGGACUGGCAGAAAGUCCACUCUUCUGACAAGUUCAGGUGCAAGCUCAAGGUCAUCAGACCCAAUUUGCGCCGGUCCAAACAGCUCUACCACCCCACACAAGCCUGCAACGAGAAUGGAGUUGGCUUGACCUUCAGUAUCGAAUCUCAAGAUCUGGCUCCUAGGAUCCGUCUUACCUUGGGCCUCACCCGCAACGCGCAAGCUACCGAUGCUAUGGGUCAUCAGGUUCCUGCCCAUACUGGUUACGUCGAAUUCAUGUUUGGUCGUGUUUUCACCGAUCCUAAUGAUUGUUCUACCACCCCGAACCAGAUCUCAAACCUCAGUUACGAAUACGAUCACGAGCACACCUCAGCCUCCAUCCACUUCUCUACCGCUGGCGCCACCUCGAACAAUCUCAAAUGUCUCAUCGAUUAUGGUGACGCAGAAGAUGGUAAAGGUCACAAUCGUGUGCACAAUAUCCGCCUCACCCAAGCGGAGAAGGAAAUGGUCAAGUACCUCUGCCAAUUGACGCACAUUACUGAGGGCAAGACACGCGACAUCACCAUCAUGAUUCGCCCCGGAGCUAAGGAGAAGGAGUCUCACAAGAAUGGUACCCACAACGCUAUCGACGACAUGCUCGACAAGCUACCGUUCAAAGGCAGCGUUUCCACUGAGAUGAAGCAUUCCAUGACUGUCGUUCCUCUUGACCAAUAUCGCGACGUUCACCACAAGCCUCGCGUCCAGUAUGGUGAAAUGCCUACGCCCAAGAGAGUGUAUGACGAGCAUCAUCCCUGCUUGCCUAUGCGUCCUGUCGCUGCCUGGCCUGAUGCUGAUAUCGCAAGCAUUACUCUUGCCAACAGCGUUCAUGUUCAGCAUGUUGAAGCCGAGGUCAUUCUCGACGCGCUCAUGUUGAAGCUGCAGAAGGUCAAGCUCUUGACUCUUGGAGACAUGAUCCUCAUUGCCGUUACCUGGGAUAAACAAGUGCUGGCUGGACUCUCUGCUGAUGAGCGCAUCACAUAUCCUCUCGGCACCCAGAUCUUCUUCACUGUUCACAACGCCAGAACCAAGACCGCUGUUUCUGACGAUGUCAAGCCUCGCAAGGCCUUCGGAAACGUCAUCAACAACGUUUACAAUGUUUCUUGCGAUGUCCUGGUUGCAAUUCAAAACAAGAAGGCUGAAGACUUUCUCGGAAUGACCUCUCCAUUAAGAUCUGGAAAGGACGCCGUCUCUUACUGGGCUGGCUUGGAAGCAAAGGUCAACAACAACAGCUGUAAAGCCAUGAUCUAUGCUGUUGCAACCACAUACGAACGUGGCUCAUGGGUUACCGCUCACAACCCCGCUCUACUCAAUGAUGGUGCCGCACUUGCUCUCAGAGACCUGUUUGACAGCGUUACUUGCACUGAGCAGGUGUUGAAGCAUGCACUCCAUGAACUCAUGACAGCUCGCAGCUGGAACAGAGGUCAGCUAGCUCACAUCGACCAGGUCAUGCACGCUCCUGGUGGCAUGGCACUUCUUACUGGUUCAAGUGGCUCUGGCAAGACUGAGAUAAUGGUUCACAUAAUGGCCUACGUCCUCAGACUCGGCUUUACCGUCAUCUGCACUGGCAUGAAGCACGCAACCUUGGACUUGAUCGCAAAGAAGUUCGAGAACAAGUUCCCUCAGCUUGAAGCACCUCUCCGUGCAUACAACCCCACAUCGGAGAGCCUGAGCAUCGAGGAGCCUGUCUUUACCGCAUCCGACGAGAGUGACUUGCUUGCUUUGGACAUGAUUCGCGCCGAGCUCGCUGAACACAAGAAGAAGCGCACUCGUCUACAGUCUGAGAACUCGAUUCAGCACAGAGUUCUCCAGAACAUGGACCGCACCGACAUGCCCGAAAUGAUCAGAAUGAUCGCCAGUGGCUCAGAGUGUGGCAUACCCGUCUACGCCGACAAGACCUUGCACAACUUCCGCCAGAUUUUCAAGGAUGGACUUGCGGCUCGCGAAGAGCACCCCUUCUCUGACAAGGAGUUCUGGACCGACGAACGCAUGAACCUCUUCAAGCAUGCAUACGAAGCUCUGCGAGCUGAAGUCAUUCAGAACUCAAAGGUGCUAGUUACCACCAUGCUCAACGCAUACAACAAGGAAGUCAGGCAGAACUUCAGCCAGAACAAGAUGUGCAUCAGGUUCGAUGACGAAGCUCAGGCAUGUGCCGAGCAGCCAUCCCUCAUCCCUUCUUCCAUCUGCGGCUACUCAAAGAACAUAAAACUUUGGUGCAUGUAUGGCGACUUGAAGCAGAGCGGUGUAAUCAACCUUACCGGAAAGAACUUCGACAAUACUGUCGACGUCUUCUACAAGCAGUCAGACAUGUCCCUGUUCUUGAGGCUCAACCUGAUGGGUCACCCAUUGGUCGAUCUGCGCUACCAGUGGCGUCAGAACGAGCACCUGUUUGAAAUGCUCAACCAGUUGCACUACCAUAUGAGCAUCAUCACCACCGGCAACAUGAAGAAGCCCAUGUCCGAGCACACUACACUUAUGGGAAAAGUUCUCGGCCUCACUGACGCUGAGAUUGCGAAGCAGACAGAGAAGCAGAAGCGCAUGCUCUAUGUCAAUGUCGCGACUCCUACCAUGAAGUCCAGAGACUCUCACUCUCGCGCCAACCCUGGUUACGCUGCCUGGGUCAUCCUCGUCCUCUUUCCUCUCCUGCUUGCAGAGUUUGGCGAGAAGUUGCAAGAGGAUGUCAUGCUCAUCGUCCCUUAUGCUAAGCAGAAGGAGCUCUAUCUUCGCUGGUACUUCGAGCUCCGCAAGCAAGGUUGGACCGAUAAGCAGCUUCCCCGUAUCAGCACCAUCGACGUCUCUCACGGCGACGAGUCCAAAUUUGUCAUCCUGGACCUCGUCAACGACGAAUAUGAGGGCUUCUUGCAAGACCCGGCGCGUACCUGUGUCGCUUGGGGACGCGCCAAGGAUGGAAUGUUUACCAUCGGCGGUAACAUGUCUCAGGUGGACGAUAGCCACAAGGUCAAGAAGUUCAGAGAUGCUACCGAUGGUGACAAGCUCAAGGACUUCGUCCUCUACCGCCCUAUUCGUCACUGGAAGAGGUACUACGAAGAUAACCUCUGUGCCUUCAAGACUGCUCCUCCUGAAUUCGUUGUUCCUGACGACCUCGCUUUCUACGAUGAGGUUGAGUCUCAAGAGGAUGAGGCUACUGCUCCUGUUGAGGACGAGGCUAAGUCUGAAGAGGAGGCUGUUGCUCCUACUGAGGACGAGGCUAAGUCUGGCGAGGAGGCUGAUGCUCCUGCUGGUGACUGGGGUGUUUCUGAGUGGAACACUGCCGCUACUGAUGCAUGGACUGAUGCUCCUGCCGCUGAGAUGGCUUGGGACGAAGCUCCUCCUCCUCCCGCCUACGAUUCUCAAGCCGAAGAGUCCGACAACGGAGUCGACGGCGGACCUGACUCUGGAUCCUGGGAGCCACAGAAUGGCAUUGACAUCGGCGAAGAUGCCUACAAGGUCAAGGAAGAAUGAAGAAAGAAAGUUUUUCGUUGUGUACUAUUAGCUAUUCAAAACAAAGCUGACGAGGUCGGCAAGGCACGGUAGAUAG